AAAUUAUUGAGUAUGGAAAUUGGUGGGGAAGUCAAGGGGCUUGACUGGAAUGAGUCAGAUGUAGAGCAGUGGAAGCAGUAUUUGCAAGGCAAGGAUGUGCAGGGGAGAGGACUGGUGAAGGAGGAUGGGACAGUUGAUUUUGAGGGAAUGAAGAAGUUAGAGAUUUUGUUGGAGAAGUAUCUUGGGGGAUGAGUAGGGGAAGAAGGGAUAGAAAAGAGAGGAGAGAGGGAUAAAGUUCAAGAUUUGAAUGAAGAGAAUUUGAAAUCUAAUAAAUCGAAAUGUGAUACAAAGGAGAUAUUAAAUGGAUAUAUCAGCCCAGACGAAAUAAAAACAAAACUUUCCACCCUCUCACCCAAAGACCCAAAAUCCGACAUCCUGUCCCAAACACUAAUCUCCUCCUCCCUAAACUCACCCUCCCUCAUUUAAAAUCUCCUCCUUCAGUCAUACCUUCUGUUCCUCCUUACUAAGCUUCAGCCUUAAGCUGGUCUCUGACCAGCUUAAGUUACUGAAUCUUCAGAAUGAGAAAGAACUUAUUGAUGAGAAAUAUAUGUUCAAAAAGGCUUCAGGUUUGAAGCCGAAAAUUACCCGUAUUGGCAUGAGAUUACCCGAUAUAAGGAUCGAAGAUGGCAUUGACGAAAGAGGUCAGGAAGCUGAGAAUAUUUGAUUUACUUAUGUUUUGGAGGACACAAAUGGAAACACUCUGGGCAAAUUUGAGAACAAACAAUAUCUUGAUUCAGAAGAUUUCAAACUUGAUUGUAAAGAAUUUGGAAGCAAACCUGUCAUUUUACAGAAUGCUAAAAUUCAAAUUUACAGGGUCUUUCAAGAUUCAGAAUCAUCAAACCCUGCUCCUGGUCAGUCAGAUUUAGAUCUUUUCUUGGAUGUAAAAGAUACCGAUUCUCCAAAGAAUUCAAAGUUAAAUGAAAAUUUAGAAAAUGGACAUAAAAGCAUAGAAGCUAUGAUUGAAACUUUCAACCCCUCUACUAAAUACAUUGGUUUCUCUACGAUCACUCUCCCAGAAGAUCUUUCUGAGGAAUGAGAGAGUUUCCAAACUGAAACACCUAUCUAUAGGGGAGAAAAAUGAAAAGACGACCGUAAUGAAAUAGAAUCUUCUCAACAACUAAACGGUGAUUCAGCACCUGAAGAUAUCAAUCUAAAUACAAAACUCGAUACUAUCGGGAACAUCAGCAUUGAUUUUAGCUUAAAAUACGAAAACCUCGAGCAAAGGCUUAAGAGGGAAAUGGACAAUGAGAUCCAGGUUUUAGAUAAAGAGAUCCAUGCAUGAUCACAACAGAUCAAGAGCACUCGCUCUUCUCUAAAGAGCUGUAUCAGCUGGACCAAGUCUUUUGGGUUUUGCCCUUACCAGGGUAUUUAUAACUGUGAUGAUGAUCAAAGUGGCCACAUCGAGCGGAUUUCCUUCCAAAACCCCGCUAAUGACUCAAAGACCAGAUCAGGUUGUUGUUGGUCACAUCGAGAUGAGAAAGAUUGCUGUAUUAUCUUCUAA